AUGUAUUCCUUGGUUGAAGGUUUUUCCAACGUGAGUUACUAUGAUAGUUACUUUGAGCAACUCACAUUGAUGUCAAAAGGAACAGAACUGACGUAUAACACGACCGUAUUUUUCGUCAACAUCAUUGAUCUUUCAUCAAACAAUUUAGAAGGCGAAAUCCCUGAAGAAGUAAGUAGCCUCAUUGGAUUAGGUACGUUGAACUUGUCAAGAAAUCACCUAAGCGGACAGAUUCCCUCCGAGAUUGGAAAUUUGAGAUGGUUGGAAACUCUUGAUCUCUCACAUAAUCAUCUAUCAGGAUCGAUUCCUCAGAGUAUGUCUUCUUUAACCUCCUUGUCUCACUUGAAUUUGUCCUAUAACAACUUGGCUGGAAGAAUUCCCUCGAGCACACAGCUUACUACACUUAAUGAUUCAUCAAUAUACGAAGGCAAUUCAUUGUUGUGUGGAGUUCCUCCCGCAACCAAGUGCUGGGGAGAUAUCACAACUGCCGGUCGGAAUGGAAAAGGUGACAAAGAUGAAGAUUACAACGGAAAGCUUGGUUUCUAUGUUAGCAGUGUACUCGGCUUUAUCAUAGGCUUUUGGGGUGUUUGUGGCACAUUGCUUGUGAAGAACUCAUGGAGGUAUGCUUACUUUCAAUUCUUUGAUAAAAUCAAAGAUAAUGUAGCAUUGGCGAUUGCAGUGACAAUGGCUCGUUGGCAUCGAAGGAGAUCUUGA